UAAUAUUAUACCAUAGUAUUUACUAUUUUACUAUUUGUCUGAAAUCUGAAUGUAGCAGUUCAAAUCUAAUUGAUAUUUGAUACAAAUUACUAUAUUUAAUAGUUUUUAAUAUAGACAUAUUAACGGUUUAACUGUGAUAUAAUUUUUUAUUAUUUUCAGUUCUCAAUCAUAAUAAGCAAAAAAAGAUUUGUGAUUCAACAGAUUAAAAAUUUAAUACUUAUCUAGUUGAGUGAUCACUGAUCAAUUAAAAAAAUUAUGUCCGAAGAAGACAAAAUUGAAGACUUUGCAUGCAUUGAAGAAUCUCCCAAAAGAGGACCAACCCUUUCUACUAGCACUAGUAGUUUUGAACGCAAUGAUCCUCAUGAUCCUAAUUUAAGCUUAUUAUCCACUAAAAUGUUUGAAAAAACAUCUGAAUACUUGAUGGGAGAACUUAAUAUUACUGAGGAGGAUUAUAAAUUAUUGGAAACCAUGAAUAAAGUAACUAUGCAAAAAUAUGCAUCUUAUAGACAAAUUGCUUCCGAUGUUGGCAAACAAAUCAUUGAACUUAAUGAAAAAUAUAAAUCAUUAGAACCAUACCUUUCUCAAAUUGACCAGAUUGAAGAUAGUGUUUCAAAGCUAGAACAAGCAGCAUUUAAGUUGGAUGCGUAUGCCAAGAGAUUGGAAGCAAAAUAUAAGAGUUUAGAAAAACGACAAUAAUUUUAAUCUUAUAUUUAAUUAUAUUUAUAUAUACUGUGAUAAAUUAUACAUAACUAUAUAGAAUAAUAAAUAAAUAUUUCUACUAUUUA